AAGCGAAAUAUCGAAAACAGAAUAGCCAAUAGGGUUCUUCUCAUUAGGGUUCACUUGUUUCGGCAACAGUCGCUGAUAAUAAACGAGGCGCUGAGUUUCGUGCAUUAUCCGAUUUUAAGUUUCUGGACAACAUAACCUGUCUAUCGUUAAACAAUUGUUUCAUUUACAUAGACAAGUAUAAUUGAGAAAGAUAUAUUGUAGUUACAAGUAAAACAGGAUGUCAGGUCCAAUGGUGCUGUGUCAGUUAUGGAUGGGUGGUUUGGAACCAUAUAUGACUGAGAGCUUUAUUAUGAAUGCAUUUCAUAAGAUGGGUGAGCAACCACAAACUGUAAAGGUAAUGCGCAACAGAUACACUGGUGAGCCUGCUGGAUAUUGUUUUGUACAUUUUCCAACUGAUGAAAUGGCACUUGAUGCUAUGCAUAAAUUAAAUGGUAAAGUAAUACCUGGAUCAAAUCCUUCAGUACGAUUCCGUUUGAAUCAUGCCAGUACUACAGGAAAACCUGCAGCUGAUAGAGAAUUCAGCAUUUGGGUAGGAGAUUUGUCCACUGAUGUAGAUGAUUAUUCCUUAUAUAGGGCAUUUGCUGCUAAAUACAAUUCUAUUAGGACGGCUAAAGUCAUACUGGAUAGUUCUGGAUUCAGCAAGGGCUAUGGCUUUGUUAGAUUUGCAAAUGAGGAUGAACAGAAGAAUAGUUUACUCACUAUGAAUGGUUAUAGAGGACUUGGAACAAAAUCUUUAAAAAUCUGUAAUGCAGUACCUAGACCAUGGAACAAGAUAUCUGGCUCCACACCACCACAAUCAACUUCGGACUAUCCACCUUCGAAUAUGAAUUCAGAGGCAUAUAAUUAUUAUGACACCUCAUCAUACUGGAAUAGUUAUAGUGCUUGGCAACAAGGUUACUAUGAAAGUGAGCCAACAUCGGAUGCUUAUAAUAGCUAUGUAUCUGACCAAAAACCCGAAGAAGACGAAUUAGAACUAAUUGAACAUUCAAUUCCUAUCGACAUUGACAAAGCAAAUAGGGAGAUCAUUGAACAGGAUUACAAUUUGUGGGAUGGUUUGGAAAGUUCAAAAUGGAUUCCAUGUGAUACUAUAGAAUUAUGCUAUUAAUAAUUACUAGAGCAUAAUCUAUGGUGCACUCACAUACACAUUGUGAAGAUUACAUAUAAGAGUAUGCGUAUUAUCCUUAUAUUAUGUAUAUAUAUGUAUAUGGAUUUCUAAUAUUAAAUAUGACUAAAAAUUAAAAACCACAUCUUUUCAUACA